UUUACAUCAAUGUAUCUCUUUCAUGCAUAUGCAACACUCCCUAGCUUAUUUCUUCCUUGCAGGCAAUAAAUAAUAUAGCUAGCUAGCUUCAUUCUUAUUACACUAACGUACUCUCUCAAACUAAUUAAUCAAACAUGGAAAAACUCACCAUUAUUAUCCUAAUUACAACCCUACUCAUUGGCCUCUCCUCUAUCCCUACAUCAAUCUCCCAAACUCAAAACAUCUCCACCACAUGCAAUGGCAUAUUCUUACAAUAUACCUACACUCGAGGCGAGCAACUCCCCCCUAACAUCACGGCCUCGGACCCGGCUGACCAGCCAUAUCGGUUCCAAUCAAUACUUUCCAUUCAAAACAAUGGAUUACAUGAGUUGAGGUCAUGGAGAGCUUUUGUAGGGUUUCAGCAUGGGGAGCUUUUAGUGAGUGCCUCUAAUGUUGUGCUUCUUCAUGGCUCCCCUUUGCCUGCUAAUGUUUCAAACGGCACCGUUUUUACUGGCUACCCUACCACUGACUUAAUGACCGCCGUUCAGACUGCCGGGGAUUUGACUCGGAUGGGUGUCCAAGUUGACUUGGUGGGUACUGAGUUUGGUGUUUCACCCCAAGAUUCUCCCAUGCCUUCAAAUCUUAGCCUUGCUAAUCAUGGCUUUAUAUGCACUAACCCAACUAUGCAAGGGAAUAGAAGUAUGUCAACAUGUUGCACACAAGAUCCAAAUGCAAGAUCAACCAUAAACACAACCGAGAGAUUCCUACCUCGAGAAGACGGCGGCGAUUUGAGCAUAAUGUACGAUGUAAUAUCAGCAUCUGAAUCAAACUACUGGGCACAAGUCAGUAUUACUAACCAAAAUCAAACAGGACGCCUAGACAAUUGGCAACUUAACUGGGAAUGGAUGAGAAACGAGUUCAUCUACGCUAUGCGAGGCGCUACACCUUCUCAAAUAAACUCCGGAAACUGCAUAUUUGGUGACCAAGCCACUUUCUACCAAAGCCUCGAUUUCUCAAGAGCCUUAAGUUGUGAGCCACGACAAACCAUCAUAGACUUACCACCAACUUUGGCUAAUGAUCCUACACUUGGGUCAAUCCCUUAUUGUUGUCGAAACGGCACGAUUCUACCUUCUACCAUGGACCCAUCCAUGUCCAUUUCCGCCUUUCAAAUGCAAGUCUACAAGAUGCCACCUGACCUUAACGUAACCAUUUUCAACCCACCACAAAAUUGGAGAAUCAAUGGUACAUUUAAUCAAGACUACACAUGUGGGAACCCUAUUCGAGUAACCCCAAGUCUCCUACCAACCCCGGGCCCUAAUGGCCUCCCCGUAAGGACUGAGGCUAUUGCCACGUGGCAAAUAGUAUGUAAUAAGACGAGAAUUACCACAAGACCCCCAAGAUGUUGCGUGUCCUUCUCCUCUUUCUUUAACGACUCUGUUGUCCCUUGUAGGACUUGUGCUUGUGGGUGCCCUAACCCUCAACAAGGACAAGCUUGUAAUUCUACUGCAGAUGCAAUCCCCUUACCAUCUUACGCGCUUUUAGUACCAUUUGAUAACCGAACUGCUAUCACAACCGAGUAUGCUAGACUAAACCGUAUACCAAUCGUGUCCAACAUCUUACCCUGUGGUGAUAAUUGUGGUGUUACCAUAAAUUGGCAUUUGUCAUCGGAUUAUCGAAACGGGUGGACGUCUAGGAUAACGCUUUUCAAUUGGGGGGAGAAUAAUUUCUCCGAUUGGUUUGUGGCCGCGGAGCUUGAUAGGGCUGGAGGAGGACUAGAAAGGGUUUAUUCCUUUAAUGGAAGUUCUUUACCAGGGGAUACUAGUACAAUAUUCAUGCAUGGUAUUCCAAGUGUAAAUGAUUAUCUUUUAGGGCAAGUUAAUGGGUCGAAUCCGAAUAGAGAUCCUAAACAUCCAGGUACUUUGCAGUCAGUGAUUUUGUUUGAUAAGCAGAGAACACCAGUACCUGGGAUUAAUGUGGCUCGAGGGGACGGUUUUCCUACUAAGGUUAUCUUUAAUGGUGAGGAGUGUUCUCUUCCUACAAUAUUACCGAUAAGCUCGGCUUCGGCUACUACAAUUGUCAGUCUUGCUUCUGCCAUGUAUGGCUUGCUUAUUUCUCUGGCUCUCAUGUUUAUGUAACAUUUGUAUUACUGGUGAGUGAAAAUUUACUUAUGUAUGAGGAUUGAGGAAGGUAUAGAGAGAACCAAAAUGUUGAGGGAUACAUUUGUAUUUGACUGAAAUUUUGAUUUAUUUGUUUUUUUUAUUCAAUAAAGCAUUCUAUUAAUGUUGUGUUC